GGGAGAGAGGGGAGGGAGAGGAAUAAAGAGAGAUAGAUAGAUAGAUGUAUUGAAAAAGUAUAAUCUCUUCAAGAUAUAUUCGUGUGUGUGUGUGCGUGUGCGUGUGCGUGUGUGUGUGUGUGUAUGUGAAUAGAAACGAGACAGAACGAUGAUGCAAGAUCGUCGAAAUAUCAUCGUAACUUCUUCUCAUUCUUAUUAUUAUUCUUCGUCUGUCAACGUUCGAACAAAUCCGGAUUACGUACUUCUUUUAAAUCGACGAGGUUAUCCCUCGAGAGAAAUUUUCACGAGAGAGUACGAAAGAGGCUCGUAAAAGUGUCCCUAACUGCGAUUAAUAUUAUAGCUUAUUCUCUUUCUCGUAAAGAGAAAGAGUAAAAGCUCUCUCCCAUUCCUAAGAACUCGGGAGGAGGUGUCUGGUGCUCUAGGAUAUAUAUUAUUUUCUUGCUUUGUGACGAAAAGAAAGAAGAUAAAGAAGAGGAGUCGCUCGUGGUAGCUGUGUAUACCAGGUGAUCGCAGGGAGCUCCUCGCAAAAGGUGGUGUACCUUCGUUCGAAGCGACACCCACCGACCGAGUCGACCGAUCAGCUGUUCGCCGGCCGACGACGCUUCGAUUUCUUCAGACGAUCCCGAUGCUGCUCCAUCAUCAGACGCACCUACGAAUCGUCACUUCCGGAAUAACUCGCUUUACGGGCGAAAGUCCAAAGGACAAUGUUGUCGUAUAUGUUACCAACGGAGGACAAACCACCGCCUGGAGAACCGAAUCAAAAUCAUCAAAAGACUCAGGGAAAUUAUCGGAACGCGAGCAGGAUACAAAAGAGUCCUCGAGAACAGCAGCCGACUCGGCAAAAGACUACGGCCGCCUCCUCUUCCAUAACCAUUUCCGUUCCAACGACCUCGCCGAAAAAGCUCGUAGACGGAACUAGAAUUAUGAUAGUGUCAAGCAGAAUCGAGGAUCAACAGCCGAGCUCGAUGGAUCGUCAUCAGCAACAACACCCUUUGCCUUCGGAAAGUCCGAAGCACAAUGGUACAUUAACGAAGAAGUCUACCCUUCAUAAUUCAACGAGGGUAACCAAGGAUGACAGUCUUUACAGCAUCGACAGCGACGCGAGUACGGUCGGUAGCGAUCGGAAGAACAAAAUUCUAAACGGUGCGAAACACGCCAGUCUUAAGAGAGUGUCCUUUGGCUCCAGCAAAGGAUCAAUGGUGGAAACUCUUGUUUACGAGACUCCUGUUCAAGAGGAACCCGAGAUCAAUCACUUUUUGGACCACAAUGGCCGCUUACCUCCACCCAUGAUACCUGUACCUGACACCGACGAAGGCAGAGAAAAGGUACGCGUGUCGUUGCUUGGUCCACAACCUUCGCCCGCUACACCUGGUGUCCUAUUAUUGGAGCCAAUUGCACCACCCAUUGGCCACCCCAUCAACAUGGCUACGAGUCCUGCUGAACUUUUAACGACGCAUUCUGAACACACCACCCCUGCGUAUCACACGCAAAUCAGCACGGAUAGCGGAUGGGACAACCCGUUCAGGCCGGACGGUGACUUGUCGAGAGAAGCUGACGAGAUAGUCGAGCUGAUAAAGGGUGGGAAACCGAUCACCCCAACUCCCGGACAAACGGCACCACCUUUACCAGGAUGCGAAGAGACGGGCAAAACGACGCCUGGACCGGAUCACGAUUCGAGUUCCAGUCCUCUUCUCAAAUCAAAUGCAAACUCGACGAAUCGUCAUUCGAACGCAUCGCCGAGGCUCAAUCAAGGAAAUGGGAAUGCCCAUGGUACGCCGAUAAAAUCCUCGACGGCAGUGAACAAUCAGCUGAAUGCAAACGAGAAAGUUGGCCCAGGAUCGAGGACUGUCGAAGUUGCGAGAAUGACGGCACAAGGACCAGGCGAUGCGUCGCAGGUCGAGCACGUUACGCUGAAGAAGAAGCCUAAAUGCAAGUGCUGCGUGUUGCAGUAACGCGAGGGAAAACGCUUUAGGACGUCUUGCGAGAUCUAAAUGCACGAGAAGAGAAAGGAAAAAAAAAAAAGAAAAGAACAGAACGGGAGACGACGUAAUACCGGCAGAGCUUGCUUACUAUCGAUCGUCUAAGCGAAUUAAAAGAACAAAAAAAAAAAAAAAGAAAGAAAAGAAAAGACGAAACAAAACGAAAAGAUAAGAAAAGAACAUGCAAGAAAAAAGGCGGGAAAGAAGAGGAGCUUUCGAAUAGCAUCCGUGGAGUAACGAUUACCAAACUCUGGUAAUUAAUAAAUCACACCUUCGUGGCAAUGAAUCCGUUUCUCAAUUAUAUUAUCAUAUCGUUGUUCCAACGAGAAAACGUCGAGAGUAUAAAGAAAAAUAACGAAGAUAUAUAACAAGGUAUUGUUGUUUUCUCGGCUCUCGAGUAAAAAAAGAAGGAACGAUUUUAUCUACGAGAGUGGACUCCUCUCUCUCCUUGAUGUAUUUGCGUCUAUAAAUGGUCUCGUAGUAAAAAAAAAGGCUAACGUGUCCAUAGUUGUUCUACGCUCGACGUAUCCACGAGACGUAAUCGAUGUUCAAAUGCAUCUAAAGUACAUAUGUCUGCCGAGAAAGAGGUGGGUGGGGAGGGGGAGAAGGGAGCUGGAAAAUAUUUGAGAUGAAAUAAAAAACGAAAAAAAGAAAAAAAAAAAGAAAGAAAGAAAUAAAGAAUGAAGAGAGAUGAAGAUUAUAAUAAAACUAUAUUGUAGAUAAAGAAUGGUAGCUGUAUAGCUUAUAUGCUUUUACUAUUGUGGUUUAAAAUAUCAAGAUUAUCGUGAUUAUAUUGAUUGUAUCGAGCAGCAAAAAACCGUAUGAGGGGAUGCGCAAAGGAAGCUGAGAACCGUUCGACUGUGUUGAGAAUUUUUAAGUAAGAAAAAGAGGGGUGAGAUUGAAACGAAGAUGCUGCUACUGCUGAUGAUAAUGAUAAUGCUGCUGAUGAUUGAUUGAUGAUGAUGACGAUGAUGAUGAUGAUGAUGAUGAUGAUGAUGAUGAUGAUGAUGAUGAUGAUGAUGAUAAGAGCAAAAGGGGCUCGCUUGAGAACGCAGUUUUACUUCUUAUCUGAAGAAAUCGCGAAAAUCGACGAUUCAACGUUCGAUCUUCGACAUUACUCUCGCCAUCUUUUUAUCUGUUUCUUCUUCUUCUUCUACUUCUUCCUCCUUCUCCUAUUCUUUAUGAUUUUUUCUAUAAUUCUUUCUCUUAGCAAAGCGCGAAUACACUUUUCGUCCACACUUUAUAUGUCUGGCUUUAUACAUAUACGUAUCAAGUUAGAAUAAAACCCGGGCGCUUAUGGGGGCUUAAACAAACAGAAAAAUUAUAAAAAAUAAAAAAAGUACGUUCUCGUGCGUGAUCCGAGUAAAGAUUCAGGAUUUAAACCUUGGUCUGUAAAUAUUAUAGCUAGUGUAUUUUUUUUCGAGUGAUGUAGAGAGAGAGAGAGAGAGAGAGAGAGAGAGAGAACGAAAGAAAGAAUGAAAGAGCGAGAGAGAGAGAGAGAGAGACUGUGUGUGUGUAUGUUAGAGAGAGGGACUGCUUGCGUGAAUGAUGAGUACAAAGGAAAGAGAGAAUGUUAUGAAAGAAAAAGAGCUUGCACGAAAGCUCGUUGAUACAAAAAAAAAAAAAAAAAAAAAAAAAAAAAAAAAUGAAGAAAGAUGAUGUGCACGUACA